AUGACUAGGUAAGUUAGUUUCUCACGAGAUUUCUCUGAAAAUUUUCAAAAAAUCAAUUUUCCAGGCAAAAAAUGACGAAGAAGCUGCUACUUUCAAUACUCCGCAAAAAAUACAAGCUACACAAUUAUCAUCUGAUGUAUAAAAUCAUGAGGCCUGCGAUGUCUGAGCAAUUCCAAUUCCGAAGAAAAAUCUUGGCCCCGGUCCAGCCAUAUUUCACACCAGAAGUCAGGAAAUUCACGAUUUUCCUGAUUCUCAAGCUGAUUUUCAAUAUUUUGUUGGCGAUUUUGGCCGCAGAAAUUGGAAAACGCUCAUUUUUUCAUUUGAAGGAUGUUUUACUUUGA